AUGCCGCCUUUGGUGCUUCGUCAAGGUUGGCUUGAUGCAAUUGGAAGAACGGAAGAGACUGUCGUAAGUCAGGUCAGAUUCAUCUGCUCGCCGUUUCUGGAGCAUGGAUUAAUUGUUAUCAUUAUUGUUUAA